AUGGCAAUGAUGCGACAUGCUUACACAGAAGCCAGCAAGGAACUUCCCCCAUCUGCAGAGUCAGAAGUAACUAAGGAUUCUCCAAGCUCAGACGAAGACAUCGAGCUCUUGACAUUGGGUGUUACCUCCGAUGGGACCUUGGUGACAAGGUCGCAGGCAGAUGACUACACCUUGAGAGGUGAUGAGCUGGAAGACUUGUCCCUCCUUGAAUUUAUCUCGGAUACUUACAAGACCCCUGAAAACCAUGACAACAAGUCCAUACUCCGUGGAACUCAAAGUGGAUCUGCUAAGCAAGUUGGAAGACCUGCAAACCCACGUAGUGGGUACCAUGCUAAGCAUCCAAAGAAUGGAACUCACAUAUGCGUUGUAUGCACAAAAGGUCAUCGUACCAUCACCAAUAUUGUUGGGAAGUGGAUUCCUUCUUCAGACGAUCCUGAGCAGGCAGAUGUGCACAGAGCUUCUAUUCUGUGCCUCCUCAAACCAUGGCGGGAUAUCAGCACUCUCAAAACACCGGAGCAAACAUGGGAAGAUGCUUACGAUUUAUUCCUGCAGACAGCAGGACAUGACAAAGUCACUAUGAUCGCAAACGCGCAGUUCUACUAUGAUUGCAAGGAAGCAGCAAAUCGAUCACAGGCACCUAGAAUGGGAACUAAGCCUUCCAUUGAUGUGGAUGAUGAUUCUGAUGGUGGUGAAGAAGUGGGUGAGAGCAAUAAAGGCCCAGUUGGCAAGCUCAGCGAAGAGGAUCUUGAGGCUUUCAUUCGUAACCAACAACCUACACAUGAGGUUAUUCAUGGUUUGCAUGCUGUCGAGUGUGCAAAGUGUUAG